AUGACGUUUAAAAAAACCGGAUUGGAAGUGUGCCACUUUGUCUCCAUCUCGUCCCUCACCUGGUGUCAAGCGUUGAAAUUCACCCGUGCAGAGGUUGAUAUUAUAUCAGAUCCAGACAUGUACCAGAUGUUCGAAAUGCAGAAGAGGGGCGGUUUGGCGUGUAUUAUGCAAAGGUACUCGGAAGCUAAUGUGCCGGGUACCUCCACCUACGACCCCGAGAAGCCGGAAAAGCACAUUCAGAUUUAUGAUGUCAACGCAUUAUACUCAAAUGAAAUGUGCAAAAAGUUGCCAUACAAAAACUACCGGUGGGUGGCGCUUGAAGAGCUUGCAAAUGUCGAUUGGAGUCAGGUCAACGAGAACGACGACGAAAUGUAUGCAGUAAAGGUGGACUUGGACUACCCGCACGAGCUGCACAAGUCUCACGACGAGUGGCCGUGCGCAGUGGAGAAAGCCACCGUGCCCAAGGAGUGGUUAAGCCCGUACCAACAACGAAUCGCCGACCGCCUGCCGAAGGGACAGCUCAAAGAACCAAAACUUAUCGCACACCUCGGACCUCGAAAAGAAUAUGUCGUGCACGGUGCCGUCCUCGCACUCUUUCUCAAGCUGGGGCUGCGCGUGACUCGGUUUCAUUGUGGAGUGAAAUUCGAGCUAAAGGCGUGGCUGAAACCUUAUAUUGAAGACCUUAUGCGGGAACGUCAGAGGACGAAUCUAAAGUUUGAGCAAAAAGCAUUCAAACAAUUUAGCAACAGCACGUAUGGGUACCUACUUCGAAAUCCACGAUUCGACAGGCAAGUCGAGAUUGUGAGGACUCCAGCGCGAAUAAAGAAAGUGGUGGCCAAGCCCACGUUCAAAUCAUUCACCAUUUUCGAAGAAAAUAUUGUGGCUGUCGAGAAGGCGCCGGCCACAAUCAAGCUGAUGCAGUGCGUGUCGGCAGGAGUCUCGGUGCUGGACACGAGCAGGAAGACCAUGAUGGAGUUGUAUUGGGUGCUAAAAGGCCAAUUCGGAGAUAGAAUGAAGACCCUAUUUACGGAUACUGACAGCGUCGGCGUGGAGAUCGAGUCUCCAGACAUCGUGGGUGAGAUGAGAAAGUUGGAGCACAUCCUCGACACGUCUGGCCUCCUGCCGACCCAUCCUCUGUACAGCACCCAGUUUGCACGAGUCCAGGGCCGCCUCAAGCUCGAGUACGGAGAAAUGAACAUCCUCCAAUUCGCGGCGGUCCGCGCAAAAUGCUAUGCAGUCGAGAUAGAAUCUCAGGAUAAAAAUAUACGCAACAUCUACAAAUGCAAAGGGGUCAAGAGUGUUGCACUGAAACAGAGCAUCACCUUUGAAGAUUACAAGAAAUGCAUUUUUGACGACGUUACAAAGCUUGUAGCAUUCCACUCGUUGCGGUCGGACGGGGCUCACAACGUCUACACUUAUCAUCAAGAGAAAACGGCGCUACGAAAUUUCGACAACAAGCGGUGGAUCCUGGACGACGGAUAUCGCACGAGGGCCUUCCGCAUCUCCGCCCCUCCGAUCGACACUGCUCGGACGAGUUGA